AGAGGCUGCAUGGCCCUGCCUCCCUCACCUUCCUCCACACUGGAGGACAGGCCCUGCUGGAAUGUUCUGGGCCCUGCUGGGCGUGCUUGGGGGUCCGGGCACAGCGGUCUGGCGUGGGGGCAGAAAAUGCUCCUGCCGAGGGCAUCGAACAGAAACAGACCUCAGGACCCCGCUGGGAAAUGUGGUGGGGUGAAGAUCUUCCGGAAAAGCAAAUUGCCUCCAGACAGCUGUGGUCUGAGCCUGCGUAUCUGGACCGAUGACCACCAGAGGUCACGGUUCUGUGUGCCGGACACCCUGGGGUGUCCGCAACACCACCUCCCUGUGAAGCCGCCCGUCACCCGCUUGGGGUGGGCUGAGGGGCCCGGCUGCACCCCGCCCUGCAGAGCACGCCCCCGGAGCCCAGAUGAUUCAGAGGCGGGCAGGCCACCCGCCCGGGGGCCUGCGACAGUGGAUGCAAUUAGAUUUAAUGGGAUAGAGCCCUUUCUCGGCGGCUCCGUGCUCCGCGCCCACCCCGCCUCCCUCAGGCGGCAGCAGCGGGAGGGAGAUGUGAAGGAGGUGGAGGUGGGGGACCUGGGGGGCUCUGACGUCAGCCCAGCCUAUAAAGGCCGCCGGGCAGAGGGCUGUGGAGACAGAGCCCGGACCUCGCCGGCACCAUGCCCACCCCCAACGCCGCCUCGCCGCAGGCCAAGGGCUUCCGCCGGGCCGUCUCUGAGCUGGACGCCAAGCAGGCCGAGGCCAUCAUGGGGUCCCAGGGAGGUGCCCCCCACCACGGAGGCCCCUGACUCUGUCCAUACCCUGCCUGAGGUCGGCCUGGGGGAGGGCUCCCCCAGGCCCGGCUGUGUUCCGAGACCCGAGGGUGCCAGGACCUUCUUAGAACUUCAGCUCCAGGUGGUGAGCCCAGAGGGGCUUCUGUGUUCAGGGGUGGACGAGGCAGACACACUGACCCCAGGGGCUCGUGGUCUCAGGGACAGAUGGCGGGUAAGGUGCUGUCAGGCCGGACUAGAGGUGGGGCCACGAGGAGGGUCAUCCCAGAUCCCCGGAUGCCAUGUCCUCUGGCCCCGGGGCAGCCCGGGACAGCUCCUGACCCACCGCCUCCCAUCCCCUGACCUGGUCAGGUGGGCGCAGAGGCCGCCCUCGCCCCCGGCCCCAGGCGGGGCAGUGCUGGAGCCGGGCCCGGGGCUGCAGGCAGGCCGAGGGCGGGGGCAGCUGGCACGCCUCUCCCCACAGUCCCCGCGCUUCGUUGGGAGGCGGCAGAGCCUCAUCCAGGACGCACGCAAGGAGCGGGAGAAGGCAGAGGCUGCGGCCUCAUCCUCGGAGUCUGCAGAGACGGGCAGCCUGGUGGAGAGGGAUGGGAAGGCGGUGCUGACGCUGCUGUUUGCCCUGCGGCCCACCAAGCCCCCCGCGCUGACCCGGGCCAUCAAGGUGUUUGAGACAUUCGAAGCCCACCUCCAGCACCUGGAGACCCGGCCGGCCCACCCGCCGCGGGCGGGUAGCCCGCCCCUGGAGUGCUUUGUACGCUGUGAGGUGCCUGGCCCGGUGGUACCCGCCCUGCUGAGCUCCCUGCGCCGCGUGGCGGAAGACGUGCGUGCUGCCGGGGAGAGCAAGGUCCUCUGGUUCCCGAGGAAAGUGUCCGAGCUGGACAAGUGCCACCACCUCGUCACCAAGUUUGACCCUGACCUGGACUUGGAUCACCCGGGCUUCUCCGACCAGGCGUAUCGCCAGCGCAGGAAGCUGAUCGCCGAGAUCGCCUUCCAGUACAAGCAAGGCGACCCCAUUCCCCACGUGGAGUACACGGCCGAGGAGACCGCCACCUGGAAGGAGGUCUACUCCACGCUGCGGGGCCUGUACCCCACCCACGCCUGCCGCGAGCACCUGGAGGCCUUCGAGCUGCUGGAGCGCUUCUGCGGGUACCGCGAGGACCGAAUCCCGCAGCUGGAGGACGUCUCCCGCUUCCUGAAGGAGCGGACCGGCUUCCAGCUGCGGCCCGUGGCAGGCCUGCUGUCCGCGCGGGACUUCCUGGCCAGCCUGGCCUUCCGAGUGUUCCAGUGCACCCAGUACAUCCGCCACGCCUCCUCGCCCAUGCACUCCCCCGAGCCGGACUGCUGCCACGAGCUGCUGGGGCACGUGCCCAUGCUCGCCGACCGGACCUUCGCCCAGUUCUCCCAGGACAUCGGGCUCGCAUCCUUGGGAGUGUCGGAUGAGGAAAUUGAGAAGCUGUCCACGCUGUACUGGUUCACUGUGGAGUUCGGGCUGUGCAAACAGAAUGGAGAGGUGAAGGCCUACGGAGCGGGGCUGCUGUCCUCCUACGGGGAGCUCCUGCACUCCCUUUCUGAGGAGCCCGAGAUCCGGGCCUUCGACCCUGACACAGCGGCCGUGCAGCCCUACCAGGACCAGACUUACCAGCCCGUCUACUUCGUGUCUGAGAGCUUCAGCGAUGCCAAGGACAAGCUCAGGAACUACGCCUCCCGCAUCCAGCGCCCCUUCUCUGUGAAGUUUGACCCGUACACGCUGGCCAUCGACGUGCUGGACAGUCCCCGCGCCAUCCGGCGCGCCCUGGACGGCGUCCAGGAUGAGUUGCAGGCCCUGGCCCACGCUCUGAACGCCAUCAGCUAGACGCGGGCGCCACCCGCAGGCCCCAGAGGGCCGGCCUGGGGCUCCCAGCCUGCCCCCGCCUGCCCACAUGAGGGGCUGGCUCACUGGGCGCCCCAAGAGCCCGCAGAGAAGCCCCUGCCAGAGGGCACCUGCCCGGCGCUUGCCAGCUGCGUGUCGGCCUCCUUGUCCCGCCUGCCGCCCCUGUGCUGUGCUGCCCGCUUGCAACCUCAAUAAAAGAGAGACUCGGC